AUGGAGCCACUUGUGCUAUUUGUUCUCUUUGGACUUUCGUUGUCAUAUACAUGUCAGUCGCCAUACACGUUUUCACCGCUUUCUACUGUUGAAAGUUCAGUUACCAUCUAUAAGGAUUCCUUCGAGCCUGACACAAUCGAUUGCAACGGCGAGACUAACUCGACUGGGGCGUGGCUUGCAAUAGAAAAUGUCUAUGAAACUCAACUCACAUUUCACAUCACCGCGACCGAGGCGAUUGAAAUGCAAUUUUACAAAACGUGUGGCACUGAAUGUGAAAAAGACUCAAACGACGUAUAUCUUGUUUUAUCGCCUGGGCACGUCCACAUGAUUCACUUAAUAUUUAACACCCCAUAUAACACCAUUUUAUUUUAUCCAACAUUCGAAGGAACUACAGAUGCACCAAUACUUGUGGAGAACAUCUUCCCACAAACGAUCUCGACAACACUUUUUCCAACAGAAGGCAUUUUCGAUUCAGUUGUGAAACUUUCAAUGGAAAAGCAAGGAAUUAUGACAAUAAAUAUUUCAUCUGUUAUGGAUAUCGAGACUACUGUAAAGCACCCCAACAUGAGUACGACAAUUUUCAAAGCCAGUGUUGUUGAAUUUGAGUCGGAAAAGGAUAACAUGCAGUUUUUGGUGACUUUCAAAUCUAUGAAUGUCACUGUUGUCGAUGUUGAAUUCCAAUAUAAAAAUAGUGUGAUCAACAAAGGAGAGCAGGUGAUCGACAUAUUCCCAUAUGUAAGGUACGAAACGAUCCCGUUUUAUAGUAUGAACGAUGGAAAAGGGUUUUGUGGAUAUAAGUACAAGGCCAAUGCACCUGAAAACACAAAGGUUGAGUUGGAUCUGUGCAAUAAUAUGUACCCCGGCCUUCAAAUACUUUUUGAAGAUGAUGUUGAAAUAACACAGUUUGAUUGUGGGAACACGAACGGGGUCAAAUAUGUGGUCAAUUCAAACAAAUUCAAAUUCUCCAUUGGGUUUGUGAAUACAGGGUAUUCUGUCACGGACCGGUCGUUCUAUAUCUAUGCAUACUCCAUCCCCGUAGACGAAGAAAAUGGGCUUUCAACAACCGCGAUUGCUUGCAUAUCUGUCGCUAGUGUUAUAGUAGUGUUACUUCUAGUAGUUGCCAUUGUUCUUAUUAUUGUGUUUGUUAGAAAAUCAUCAAAAAAGAGCAAAUACUCUUCACUUGAUGCAAAAGUACCUUCAUAA